GCGGCGUGAAUCUUUCUUGAUUGGCACCUCGGAGAAAAGGUCGGCACUUGCCGUCGCCGUGUUUGGAGCAGUGUUUACCUGUCGCAACUGGUUGCUGUUCACUGUAUAUCAAUUUCUAGCAGCAUGGCAGAGGACAGAUCGGCAAAGAGUAGGAAUGAUUUGUAUUCGCGACUGGAGAAGGUGCUGGGAGGCGGGCUGCAGUACAGAAUUCACCAUCUCUCGACUCGGCCAACCAAGUCAGACGCCUUGUUUGCUGCUCCCCCGGCUCAAAGGCCUCAGCGGACGCAUUGCGAAUCCCACCUUCUGACUCUUUCCAUUACUUCGCCAUCUUCAUCAUCUUCAACAUCCAACUCAACAUCCUCUCAAACCCAAGGCCGUCAUGUCUUUGUCUUUGCCAUCGAGGUGCUCGUCUACACGACUGCCACCCUGACAACGCUAUUCGUCUCCAAAGCCGACUCGACAGGCUUCCUAUCCCGAACCCCAUCCCACACUCGACAGUCACCCAUCCGGCCUCUCACCUCGACCUUUCUAACAUGGCUUGCCGAGACUAGGCAAAGACCUGGCAUUCCGCUUGUCGUCUCACUCUUCGCAAGAGCCCAGGAUCAAUACCUCUUUCCCGGCAGCGUAGACCACGGCGCAAAGCAUGUCUUGGACGACCGUCAACUUGUCAAGUGGUGGUGCAAAACUCUGGAUCCCGUUUUGAGAUGCCCGACCACAGACGAUUCCUAUACCACCCGCGCCCAUGUCAUUGUACCAGGCUUCGACUACCACGAGACGACCCAAUUCUUCCCUCCCACAUGCCGUUCCGAUCCCGUCGACAAUCGCAAAUGGCGACAUGGUCAUCCGCUCCUCGACAUCGCUCCGAAUCCAUCCGCACCGCCACGCUGUCUCGUACCACACUUUCCCGACGACCCCAAGGCUCGCUAUCUUGACGAACUCGAUGCCGAGAUCCCAGACUCGCAGCCCUCUCAGACAUUCUUCUCGCCCUCUAAGAAAGGCAAUGGCAUGUGGAAGAGCAUAAGGACUCUGGAUCAGUUCUGGGACACCAUGGCUUUCAGACAAGAGUGUUCUUCUGGCAGGAUGGUUGGCUUCAUUUGGCUCGUCUUUACACCUACACAACCAAGUAUCCAGUCACUCGAGGAUACUGUUACACAUCUGACGCCAGCCACUUCUUUCAACGCUGACGACUUGCUUGGAGCGGAUCUCAUCUUCUCGAGCCAGGAGAGUCUUGGUCAAACCGAGGAAGUAUCCAGGGCCAGUCCGAGGAAGACCUCGAGGAGGAAGAAGCUAUCAGGGCCAAUUGUACCUCGCCAACCACAGAUCAAGUCGUCCUCGUCGAAUGUGUCGUCGCGCUCAGACAAGACGAUCAGCAAAGAGUGGCCAGAAGAGGGCCGUGGUCAAAUCGUCCUGGAGCAUACUUCAUACUCAAGAGUCCACGACUUACUAUUACGCCUCGACUUUUCAAAUGCAGACACUGCAACUAGUAGUACGCGCAAGUGGCUCGCUGAAGUCGCGGCCAUCUCGAAUCCUACUGCAGACUGGGGCAAGGAGGUUACUGGUUCGAAUCAGCUUGCUCAUCCAGCGUCUUUUACCAAGUCCAGCCAAGUCAACGACAUAUCCGGGAUGCUAGUUCGCAAGAAGAGGAAGAAUACGGAAGACCGGGCACAAGCACCUGCCGCUGUGGAGGCAUCUGCAGUCAACAUCUUGAGCGCCUCCAUGAUUCGGAAGAAACCAAAGGUCAACAAUAAUACUUGACGUAGCAUAUCUCUUGUUUGGCCGCUUUUUGGAGGCAGGCCUUCCGAGACAGUGGAGAUGGCUCCGACGCUGCCUUGAUUUUCCUUUCUCGUGCUUACAUGCACUCUUUCUCUCUUCAUCACCAUUAGGAUAUCCGAAGAGCAGUUGAUUAGUCUGGUUAAUUGAUAAUGAUCAUCACAUAUGAAACAGCCGUCAAUCAUGAGACCAAUCCCAAGAUCGUGACAUCUGCGGGAAUCAUUGACGUGAAAACGAAGCUCAUGGACAAGUUCUACAUGUAGCACUUUCCAAGCCACUUCGUCAUUGGACACAAAAUUCGGCGUUCGUGUCCAGCUCCGCCGCUUCCACGAUCC